UAGGCCACUUUCCUUUCAAAUUCCAUCCAUAGCUGUGGCUUUGAUUACAAGCGGCAGGUUUGUGUUCCCUUUAUCGUGUGUUUAUUUCACGCCUGCCCUUAUAAACAGCCUUCCUUCCCCUUCUUCCAUUUGAUCUCCUCAAAAAGCUAGAACAGAGAAUCCUCUGCUCCUUCUUCUUCUUCUUCUUCUUCUUUUUCCCCCCAUACCCAUCUCGAUUCAACCAUUUCCGCUUUAAUUCGACUCCUGAUCUUCAUUUCCCCAAUACCCAUUUCGUAUUUUUCUCCAAUUUGUUCAUAAACUUCGCCCAAUUUCAAGAUCGUCGUUGAUUCAUGGGGAACUGUUGCGCUGCACCACCUCGGGACACUGAGGAUCAUCUCAAAGGGAAGAAGAAGAAGAAGCCGAAUCCCUUUUCAAUUGAUUAUGGCGUUAACCACUUCGCCUGCGGUAACGGCGGCACCCAUAAGCUCACCGUCUUGACCAACCCCACCGGUCGUGAAAUUGGGCUUCAAUACGAACUGGGUCGGGAGCUUGGCCGAGGGGAGUUUGGGAUUACGCACCUAUGCACCGAUAAGGUCACCGGAGAGAACUUUGCUUGUAAAUCGAUUUCGAAGAAGAAGCUUAGAACCGCUGUGGAUGUUGAAGAUGUUCGGCGGGAGGUUCAGAUUAUGAGGCAUUUUCCGAAGCAUCAGAACAUUGUGAGUUUGAAGGAUACGUAUGAAGAUGAUAACGCUGUUCAUUUGGUUAUGGAGCUUUGUGAAGGCGGUGAGUUGUUUGAUCGGAUUGUGGCUCGAGGGCACUACACAGAACGCGCUGCUGCUGUUGUUACAAAGACCAUUGUUGAAGUUGUUCAGAUGUGUCACAAGCAGGGUGUUAUGCAUCGAGACUUGAAACCCGAGAACUUUUUGUUCGGAAACAAGAAGGAAAACGCACCGUUGAAGGCAAUUGAUUUUGGAUUGUCAGUGUUCUUUAAACCUGGUGAAAAAUUCAAUGAGAUUGUUGGAAGUCCGUAUUACAUGGCUCCCGAGGUUCUAAAACGAAACUAUGGCCCCGAAGUAGACGUCUGGAGUGCUGGUGUUGUACUUUACAUUUUGCUUUGUGGUGUGCCACCAUUUUGGGCUGAAACCGAACAAGGAGUUGCGCAAGCAAUUAUACGAUCAGUUCUCGAUUUCAGGAGAGACCCUUGGCCUAAAGUUUCGGAUAAUGCGAAAGACCUCGUGAGAAAGAUGCUUGAUCCUGACCCGAAACGGCGACUGACUGCACAAGAAGUGCUCGAUCAUCCAUGGUUACAGAAUGUGAAGAAAGCUCCUAAUGUGUCCUUAGGAGAAACGGUGAAGGCAAGACUUAAGCAGUUCUCUGUGAUGAACAAGCUGAAGAAAAGAGCUCUAAGGGUAAUUGCUGAGCACUUGUCGGUCGAGGAAGUUGCUGGUAUAAAGGAGGGGUUCGAUAAGAUGGAUACUAGCAAUAAAGGAAAAAUUAACAUAGACGAGUUACGAGUAGGUUUACAUAAAUUAGGCCAUCAGAUCCCGGAUACGGAUCUUCAAAUUCUGAUGGAAGCUGGUGAUAUAAACAAGGAUGGAUAUCUAGAUUGUGGAGAAUUUGUAGCCAUUUCCGUUCACCUUAAGAAAAUGGGCGAUGACGAAGUGCAUCUAAAGAAAGCGUUCGAUUUCUUUGAUCUAAACCAAAGUGGUUUCAUAGAAAUCGAGGAACUUCGAGUGACCUUAGCCGAUGAGAUCGAAGGAAAUUGUGAAGAAGUCAUUAAUGCCAUUAUUAACGAUGUUGAUACAGAUAAGGACGAGCGAAUAAGCUAUGAUGAGUUUGCGUUGAUGAUGAAGGCAGGUACGGAUUGGAGGAAAGCAUCGAGACAGUACUCUCGAGAGCGGUUCAAUAACUUGAGUGUGAACUUGAUGAAAGAUGGGUCAUUGCGAGUAGCACAAUGAUGAUUUCUUUACAAACAGACAAGUUGGUCAACAAAUCUUUGGUUUACUCCAUUAUUCUUUGUUUCUUUCCAUUUUUUUCCCAUCCUUUUUGAAGGUGGAAGGUGUGGAUAGGACUUACAAUUCUCAUUGUAAAUAUGUGAAAUUUAUUUAUAGCAUCCCACGAUACGGUCACGUUCCGUACUUCUCGCUUCUAAGAAUGAAGACUAUUCAUUCAUACA